GCUGACGCAUGAAUAGCUGCGAUUGGGUGCAAAUGAUAAUGUUAUAAUGUUAUUUGUGCCGAUAAGAUUGCAAGCCUCCUUCAUGAUAAAUAGUAAUCGUUCUUUAGAAUACAAUAAUUAAAACAAUCGGUGUAGCUAGAUUAUCUAGGGUCGUGAUAAGGCUGCGCGCCGACGACCAGUUCAAGUCUGCGCCGUGGCACAGCACACCGCGUACUCGCGCUCAAUGUGGUGCCUCAUCUCGUGCCUCACGAAUACAAGUUACAAUGGUCCUGUGCCCGCCGUUUAGGUGGUCCUCGCGAGGCGGAUUCAACCUCACCACUGCCGCCGCAGAGGAUACGAGCACCGAGCGAAGAGAAACAAUAAGUAAAUUACCAGAAACCGUACCCGAUGCUGCGCAACCAACCGAGGUCGUUCCCAAUGGAAAUGGAGUGGCAUAUAAAAAAAGUAUCACGCUCUCCGUGGACCAGGGCAUGUCCAGCAAGAAAUCCAGCUACAUGAGCAUACAGAGUGAAAAGUCGACAUGUAGCUGCAGCAAGGACUCCGAUAGCGACGUAUUGGACGACAGGAAGAGCAGUGCGGGGCGCAAGACAAUAUCGGACCUAAUGCAGACCGACCCUGAGAAACGCGGACGACGCAAACGCGGCGUCAUCGCACCCCACGCACCGAUAGACAAUGUGCGCACUAGUAUAGACUUACAAUAUGAAAAAUUUGAAAAAGACGGCAAGUCGGUGUCCCAAAUAAAGGCAGCGAUCAUGGCCAACGAUUUCCUAAAGAAUUUGAUGGACGAGGAGCGUCUGAACGCGGUGGUGGAAGCGAUGAGCCCACAGGAGUUUCCUGCCGGCAGCCUCAUGAUCCGGGAGGGCGAGAGCGGCAGUCACCUCUACGUCUCCGCUCACGGGAACUUCGAAGUCCUCAAAGGUGGACAAGUUGUUAAGAACUUCGGCCCUGGCGAGGCAUUCGGGGAACUCGCCAUCUUGUACAAAGCUAAACGUUUUGCUUCCAUCAGAUGUAUAACAGAAGCAAAAGUAUGGACCCUGGAGCGAAGAGUAUUCCAGAAGAUAAUGGUCAGAAGUGGAAGACAAGAGCAGGAGGACAACAUUCGAUUCCUGGCAUCCGUGCCUCUGCUGAGGGACAUCCAUCCUAUAGAGCUCGCCAAGAUCUCUGACUUCCUAAAACGGGAGUUCUUCUCGACGGGCACGGCGGUGGUGCGGCAAGGAGACCGCGGCGACAAAUUUUACAUAAUCCGCGGCGGCACGGUGGCGGUGACAAAGCGCGAUGGCGAUGGCGGCGAGCGGCGCGUGGGGGCGCUACGACGCGGCGACUACUUCGGCGAGCAGGCGCUCCUGCACGAGGACCGGCGCCUCGCCACUGUCACCGCCUUGCCGCCCGGCGUCGAGUGCCUCACGCUGGAGCGAGGGCCAUUCACUGAUCUGCUUGGUAAUCUUGACGAGUUAAAGAAUAUACGACAUGCAGUACCACGAGCUUCUCAACAGAAGAAGAAUUCUGAAGUCAAAAGUGAGUACGAGUUCGUGGAGCUGAAGGACUUGGAGAUAAUCGGCACUUUGGGUGUGGGUGGGUUCGGGCGCGUUGAGCUGGUUCAGUACAAACCUCAGCCGACGCUCACGUUCGCGCUCAAGUGCCUCAAGAAGGUCGAUAUGGUGCAGCAGCAACAGCAGGAGCAUGCUUACAACGAGAAGAACAUCAUGAUGACGUGCAACAGCCCAUUCGUCUGCAGGUUAUAUCAAACAUUCAAAGACAACAAAUUUAUAUAUUUCCUAAUGGAGCCUGUGCUGGGCGGUGACGUGUGGACAAUACUGCAAAAGCAAAGAUACUUCCCCGAGAACGUGGCGCGGUUUGUGGCCGCAUGCGUCGUUGAGGCAUUCCAAUACUUGCAUUCAAAAGACAUCAUAUACAGAGAUCUUAAACCCGAAAAUUUGAUGCUCGAUAAAAAUGGCUACAUUAAACUGGUCGACUUCGGAUUUGCGAAGAGAUUAUCUCAAAACAGCAAAACAUGGACAUUCGCGGGCACUCCCGAGUACGUUGCACCUGAAAUUGUUUUGAACAAGGGUCACGACCGCGCGGUGGACUGCUGGGCGCUGGGCGUGCUCAUCCACGAGCUGCUGGUGGGCAAGCCGCCGUUCCGCGCGCCCGGCGGCGAUCACAUGAAGACGUACACGCUCAUACUGCGAGGUAUCGACGCCGUCGCGUUCCACCCGCGCGUGCCCAAGUCCGCGCAGCUGCUCGUGCGCAAGUUGUGCCGUGCCGUGCCCGCCGAGCGUCUCGGCUACCUCAAGAACGGUAUCGUCGAUGUCAAAAAUCAUAAAUGGUUCCUAGGUUUUGAUUGGGAUGGUCUCCGUGAGAAGAAACUCAAGGCGCCUCUCAUCCAGCCCGUGUCCAAUGAUUUCGACCUCAGCAACUUUGAGAAGUAUCCCAAAGACAAACUGCCGCCUGACGAGACCUCCGGUUGGGAUAUUGACUUCUAAUACUUACGUAACUGCAUUUUAUUACAUUCAUAUUUAUUUGU